UUCACUAAUUUUAAACUUCGCUAUAGAAAUCUACCUGUAUUAUUAUAGCUUUGUAAACUCAUACUUGUCACUCUUACAAUAUUUCUGAUCAGACAUCAUGGGCGUGAACAAGUGCUCUGUGCUGACUCGCGUUAGGAGGGCAGUGAGGAAGGUGAGGUUUUUGUUGGAUUUUAGUAUCCGGUGGCAGCUAGCUUCUAUGGUAGGCAGUGCUUCUUCAAACACUAACCACCGACUAAGUUUCAAUGAUCGGCCAGGCUUGAAAGCGUACACCGACGAUAGCUUUGAUUUAGAUUCUGAGGAUUCAGGGUCUUCAAGUAGGCCGGGGCUAGCGCUACAGAAGAUGAUGAGUUAUCCUUCCGAAGAUGAUGUUGAUAAGAGAGCUGAGAUGUUUAUUGCUAAUUUCUAUCACCAACUUCGGAUAGAGAGGCAAAUUUCGCUAGAACUUCAAUAUUGUCGAGGAAAUAGCUUCAAGGCAAUCUCUCCAUAACAGCUUUUUUUUCACCCUUGGUUCUGAUGGUAUUUUAGUUUUUGUCCGAAGGAGGCAUUGAUUUUUAUUAAAAGGUCUCAAAACUGUUAUGGGGAUUUUGAUUUUGAAGAAUCCUGCAAGCGUUUGGUGGUCAGCAUGAAAUAGGGAAAGGUACGAGGAUUAGAACUUCGCAACGUACGUCAUCGACAUGUCCGAGUUUGAAUUCAAGUGCGGCCUGCAGGCUGCAUGCAUGGUUGUGGGAUUAAUCCCACACUCUGUUCUUUUUUCCUGAUGUAAAUUAUGCUGUCGCACCGUUA